AUGAAUUAUUUUCUUUAGUCGAUGUUGUAGUAUUUAUAAUUGUGAAGAAAUGAAGUUAGCUAGCAGCAGGCAAGAAAGAGAUGAUGGGUUCUUCUUCAUUACAUUUGGCGAUUCAAGUGAAAUGCAGCAAUGUACAAAAGCCUUCCGUCCAAGACAAAUUUUAUCAGUUCAAAACCACCUCUACUCUCAAGCCAUUUUCAAGAAAGUUACAGCUUCUUCCCCUGCAAAUUGAUCAUGUCUCCAAAAUCAUAAAGAACACUUCUUUAAAACUAUUGGAAGCUUUUGUUGAUUCAGUGUUCGAGUUUGUUGACCAACCUCUGCUCCCCUCUCAGGAAAACUUUGCUCCAGUUGAUGAAUUGCAGGAGGCUGUCGUUGUAACCAACAUUGAUGGGAAGAUUCCAGAUGAUUUUUCACAAGGAGUUUACAUAAGAAAUGGACCAAAUCCCCUUUUUGGAGGACUAAAAUCUACAAUUUCUAUAUUUGGAAGAUCAAGCCACACUUGGAUAGAAGGAGAAGGAAUGGUUCAUGUUCUGUAUUUUAAUAAAGCUAGCGAUGGAAGCUGGACUAUUGUUUAUAAUAACAGACAUGUAGAAACUGAAACAUUGAAGCUCGAAAAACAAAGAAACAAGCCAUCUUUUCUUCCUGCAAUAGAAGGGAAUUCUUCUGCAGUACUCUCAGCUUUCUUGCUAAAUCAGAUGCGAUAUGGAAAUGUUAACAAGUAUCUUAGCAACACCAAUGUUUUUGAGCAUGGAGGAAAAUUCUACUCAAUUGCAGAGAAUCACAUUCCUCAGGAAAUUGACAUCUUUACACUCAAUACAUUAGGCAACUGGGACGUUAAUGGCUGCUGGAAUCGACCUUUUACGAGCCAUUCAAAGAGAGCUCCAGGUAUUGGGGAGCUGGUUAUAAUUGGUGUGAAUGCAACAAAACCUUUCAUGGAAUUGGGAAUAAUCUCUGCUGAUGGAAAUAAACUCAUUCAUAAAGUUGAUCUUAAAUUCAAUAGAUGCACUCUUUGUCAUGACAUAGGGGUCACACAAAGGUUCAAUGUGAUAAUGGAUUUUCCAUUAACAAUAGACAUAUACAGGCUCCUUCGAGGCGGACCAUUAAUUCAGUAUAACAAGGAAGAUUAUGCAAGAAUUGGGAUAAUGCCUCGAUACGGAGAUGCAGAAUCAAUCCAGUGGUUUGCAGUGAAACCAAAUUGCACAUUUCACAUCCUCAAUUGUUUUGAGGGUGAAAAUGAGGUUGUAGUGUUGGGGUGUAAGGCUCUUGACUCAGUCAUACCAGGACCUGAAAUGGGCUUAAAUAAGUCUGAGUGGUUUUCAAGAAGAUUUAAGCAUAUAGAAUCAGAUUAUAAAAAUCCUGAAGAUGGAUUGUUAUUCACUCGUUGCUAUGAAUGGAGAUUAAACUUGGAAACUGGACAAGUUAAGGAAAGAUACCUAUCAGGAACUGAAUUUUCCAUGGAUUUUCCAAUGAUUAAUGGAGAUUUUACUGGUCUUAAGAAUAAUUAUGGCUACACUCAGAUUGUUGAUUCUGAAGCCAGCUCUACCUCAGGCAUAGCGAAAUAUGGAGGUCUUGCUAAGCUAUACCUUCAAGAGAGAGACGAAUUAGUUGAGCUGAUAAAGGUGGAAUACCAUAAAUUUGAGAGAAACACAUUCUGCAGUGGAGCUGCUUUUGUUCCUAAAAAUGGAAGUGUUGAAGAAGAUGAUGGUUGGAUCAUCACUUUUGUUCAUAAUGAAGAUACUAACAUUUCUCAAGCUUAUAUAAUUGACACGAAGAAGUUCAGAAAUGAACCAGUUGCUAAAAUCACAUUGCCUUGUAGAGUCCCAUAUGGGUUUCAUGGAGCUUUCAUGCCAUUGCCAUAUUGGAAAACUUGA